GAGCGAGGCAAGAGCGUCACCAGGAGCCUGCGAUCUUCUCAUCCCUAGUCGUAGAGAGUGUGGCAUUGAGAGAUUGCGGUGACCUGAGAGAGGAACGAGGAUAGCUAGUUUUUUAUAUAUGAGUUCCCUCUGAGGGGCGAUUGAGAGGAACGCGAGAAAAGGAUUCGAGGAGUGAGUGGAGCUCUAAUCUGGUCAGAGUGAGUGGGAGUGAGUGUGUUUUUCUUCAGGCUUUCCCUUCUCUGCUUUUAUGGCGACCAAGCUCGUGGUCCUUGGGAUUCCUUGGGAUGUGGACACCGCAGGAUUGAGGCAAUACAUGAGCAAAUUUGGGGAAUUGGAUGACUGUAUUGUGAUGAAGGAAAGAUCAACUGGCCGAUCCCGCGGUUUUGGUUAUGUAACAUUUGCUUCUGCAGAUGAUGCAGAGAAUGCACUUGAAAGUGAGCAUGUCCUUGGGAACAGAACUCUUGAAGUAAAGGUUGCAACUCCAAAGGAAGAAAUGAGGGCGCCUGCAAAGAAUACUACUCGGAUUUUUGUGGCCAGAAUCCCCCACUCAGUCACAGAAUCAAUGUUCCGAAGUUAUUUUGAAACAUAUGGAGAGAUAACAGACUUGUAUAUGCCAAAGGAUCAAGGUUCUAAAGGGCACCGUGGUAUUGGAUUUAUCACUUUUGAUAGUGCUGGAUGUGUUAGAGGUGGGAAGUUGUUCAAUGUAAUAUUACAAUCUUUGUGCCAAAUCUUGGUCAAUGGGGUGGUUAAAAUUAAGGCAAAUUAUGAUAGAAAGAAGAGUUCAGAGAUCGGGCCCUCGCCGCCGGCCUCUCUACUGGAUCGGAAUAGUGAGCCGGCCUCUAGGCUGGAGUUCGGAGAUCGGAGAGAUAUCGUCAAAGUUUUGACCGCGGGAGCCCUUUCUUCCGGCCUCAAGGCUGGGGUUCGGAGAUUGGAGCCUUCGCCGCCGGCCUCUCUGCUGGAGACCGGUGCAGUGUUCUGCCUCACUGCUGGAAUUUCGAGGGGCCCUAGCGGCAGGCCUCACUGCUGGAGUUUGGAGCCCUCGCCUCCGUUUGCUCCUUGUCCUGCAUGA